UGUCCUCUUUCUUCAUUUGUCUCAGCUCCAUCCUGUGAUGGUGGGGCUAACAGCAUCUUCCCAGAAGUAUUUAUAACUAAAAAUACCAGGAGAGGCUGUCCAAGGUGUGGCGAAACCGGCAACGCCUUCCAAAAAAAGCAACAGGUCCAAGGAGCAUCACACAAGGAUAUACCAUUUCAUGCAGGAGGUCAACGUUUCUCAGCUGAGCAACAGUGAAGCGACGAGGUGAGAUGUUCCCACUGCCGAUGUUCACACCUGACCAAGUGGCUCGGGUGUGCGAGAACCUGGAGGAGACCGGGGAUAUCGAGCGCCUGGGUCGGUUCCUCUGGUCUCUGCCCGCCGCCGUACCCGGCUCUGCAGGGGAGGCGCUCAACAGGCAUGAGUCUGUGAUGAGAGCGAGGGCGCUGGUGGCUUUCCACAGCGGGAACUUUGAGGCUCUUUAUCAGAUCCUCCAGAGCCACAGGUUUACCCGGGAGUCCCAUGCCAAGCUCCAAGACCUCUGGCUGGAUGCUCACUACAGAGAGGCGGAAAGGCUGAGGGGGCGGCCGCUGGGCCCCGUGGAGAAAUAUCGGAUAAGGAAGAAGUUCCCAUUGCCUCGCACCAUUUGGGAUGGAGAGCAAAAGACGCACUGCUUUAAGGAACGAACUCGGAGCUUGCUGAGAGAGUGGUAUCUCCAAGAUCCCUAUCCCAAUCCAUCCAGGAAGCGCCACUUGGCCCAGGCCACGGGACUCACACCUACACAAGUGGGCAACUGGUUCAAGAACCGCCGCCAGAGAGACCGAGCUGCAUCAGCAAAGAACAGGCUUCAACAGGAUCCAUCCCUCCAUCCCUCGGAGAGCUCCCCUGACGGCGCCCACCCCCACUCCCACCUGCUGCCCCCUUCCCCUCGCCACCUCGGCAGCCCAGAGGCCAGCGAUUGCAGCACAGAGACUGAGCGCAGAGGGACGGGAGCCUCGACGCCAGAGAUCUCUGUCAGCAGCGACGGGGAGUUUGAAUCUUGAGAUGAUUUUAUUUUCUUUUUUUUUACUCUACAAAGGUACAAAAACAUACACAAUAAAAGACAGCGAGGUUAUGGACACGCUCCAGCUUUCUAAAAUAGAGAGGAGAAAAUGCUGGAGCCUAUUCUGCUGGACUUUGUGAAAGGAACUAUGCACUUAAAAAAAGCACUGAAAGGGAUGCUGGUCAUAUCGCCCCUCUGCCAUUUCAUACUUUUUGUAGCUUUCCUUUUUGUCGGUUAAAAAAAAGAAUGGUUUGAGCAGGUGGUCUAAAUUAAUUUUCUAUCAUCUACCAACAGUGAAUCCUUGUUAUCAACCAACUAGAGGUUGCUCAUAUUCCUUUCAGUUUGUUGCAAGUUAAUAAUUAAUAACUAAUCUGAUCUUGUGAGUGAGAAAUAGCCCAAAUCAGUGGCGUAACAACUCAACAAUAGGCACGUAAGCAACAUAAUCUGGGUGGGCCCCAUAUGGAGUACAACACCCCAUUCCCGCCUACGCUCUGGAUUACCCAUAAUUCCAAGUCGUA